AUGAACUCGUGGGACGCGGGCCUGGCGGGUCUGCUGGUGGGUACGAUGGGCGUCUCGCUGCUGUCCAACGCGCUGGUACUGCUCUGCCUCCUGCACAGCGCCGACAUCCGCCGCCAGGCGCCGGCGCUCUUCACCCUGAACCUCACGUGCGGCAACCUGCUGUGCACCGUGGUCAACAUGCCGCUCACGCUGGCCGGCGUCGUGGCGCAGCGGCAGCCGGCCGGUGACCGCCUGUGCCGCCUGGCCGCCUUCCUCGACACCUUCCUGGCUGCCAACUCUAUGCUCAGCAUGGCCGCGCUCAGCAUCGACCGCUGGGUGGCCGUGGUCUUCCCGCUGAGCUACCGCGCCAAGAUGCGCCUCCGCGACGCCGCGCUCAUGGUGGCCUACACGUGGCUGCACGCGCUCGCCUUCCCCGCCGCCGCGGUCGUCCUGUCCUGGCUGGGCUUCCACCAGCUGUACGCGUCCUGCACGCUGUGCAGCCGGAGGCCAGACGAGCGGUUGCGCUUCGCCGUCUUCACGGGUGCCUUCCAUGCGCUCAGCUUCCUGCUCUCCUUCGUUGUGCUCUGCUGCACAUACUUCAAGGUGCUCAAGGUGGCCCGCUUCCACUGCAGACGCAUCGACGUGAUUACCAUGCAGACGCUCGUGCUGCUCGUGGACAUCCACCCCAGUGUGCGGGAACGCUGUCUAGAGGAGCAGAGGAGGCGGCGGCAACGGGCCACCAAGAAAAUCAGCACCUUCAUAGGCACCUUCCUCGUGUGCUUCGCACCCUACGUGAUCACCAGGCUGGUGGAGCUGUCCUCCGCGGUGCCCAUCAGCUCCCACUGGGGGGUGCUGUCCAAGUGCUUGGCCUACAGCAAGGCCGCAUCUGACCCGUUCGUGUACUCCUUGCUGCGACACCAGUACCGCAAGAGCUGCAAGGAGAUUCUGAACAGGGUCCUCCACAGGCGUUCCCUCCGCUCCUCCGGCCUCACCGGGGACUCCCACAGCCAGAACAUUCUUCCGGCCUCUGAGUGA